AUGCGACUCGUUAACUCGCCCGGACGCGAAUUUAAGAGACAGCUUCUAAAUAUCACAAACGGCGGCCGUGCGCGCAUGCGUCCCCAGAUCUGUAUCGCGCGCACAAUACCGCGGCGGCGCGUCACGACGACGCGCGCAGAAAUAUGGACCUUGUUUUAUGUUAAUGCGGCCCCGCGGACGCUGGCGGACGGUAUCGGGACGCCCGUGAUGGGA